AUGUCAAAGAGAUUUGAGAUUCAUCAAGAGAAUAAUGAAGGAAGUGGCGGCAAGAGUAGUAAUGAUAAUGAGGGUGAGGAAAAUUCAUUUGACAUGAAUGAAGGAGCGGCUAUGAGUGAUGAUGAGGAAUUGGAAGAAGAGAAUAAUAAUGAAGCAAAGGAGGAGGAGGAGGAGGAUAACAAUGAAGAAGGGAAUUCAGCAAACCCAAGUAGCAGCAGCACAGCAUCAAGAGAAGGGAAGAGAGGGAGUGGUGUGAGACAAUAUGUGAGAUCAAAGAUGCUAAGGCUUCGUUGGACUCCUAAUCUUCAUCUCUCCUUUGUCCAUGCUGUUCAGAGGCUUGAAGGUCAAGAAAGUAAGUCAAGAAAUUUUGCUGAAGCUGCACAACUUCUGAAGCCAGCCUCUGCUGCAAUGACAGUAAGUUUUGGACAUUCAUGA